UUGAGAACAGCCCUACAGAGAAGGACUUGGGGGUGCUGGUCGAUGAGAAGCUCGACGUGAGCCGGCAGUGUGUGCUCGCAGCCCAGAAGGCCAACUGUAUCCUGGGCUGCAUCAAAAGAAGUGUGGCGAGCAGGGCGAGGGAGAUGCAGCCCCUUUGGCACUGUAAGCGACCUUUGCUCCCAUGGCUGUGGGGACAGGUCUGUGACUUCUCAGCACUUUCUUCUUCCAAAAAAAUGGGAGCAAAUCAACAGAAACGGGGUGACCCAACCAUAAGGGUGAUCAUGAUGUCCAUGAGGGUUUUUAGGAUACUUCUGCUCUGCUUUCUGGCUGUGUUCUUCAUCUCUGUCCUAGCUGAGGAACAUGUAGGAGAGAGUCAACAAUCAAAUAUUCGCCUCGAUAAGAACUUGGUACAAGAUAAAGACCACAUCAUGGAACAUUUGGAAGGUGUUAUUGAGAAACCAGAAGCUGAGAUGUCUCCACAAGAGUUGCAGCUUCAUUACUUCAAAAUGCAUGAUUACGAUGGCAAUAAUUUGCUAGAUGGGUUAGAACUUGCUACUGCUAUAUCACAUGUCCACAAAGAGGAAGGUGGUGAACAUACCCAGGCAAUGAAGGAAGAAGAGCUGAUUAGUCUAAUAGAUGAUGUCUUAAGAGAUGAUGAUAAGAACAAUGACGGAUACAUUGACUAUGCAGAAUUUGCAAAAUCACUGGAAUAAGAUUUGCAGGGGGCUUGGUUCUCCUUCUAACUACAUGGAAAUGUGAACCAGUAUAAUGUGAUUCAUUACUGUCUCAUAUCAACCUCUGUGCUGUGAGAAGGAGAGUUGUACCAGUUCUAGCUGAAUUUAUUUGAAAGUUGUAGGUGUUGAGAGACUGGCUAACUCAGAGCAAGAGCCGUGUUUGACUAAACAAAGCCACACAAUUGAAUCUUGAAGGAUGGAUGUGUCAACAGUACUCACAUAGGGCUCAGCUGGCAAACUCUCCAGUGGCUGUUUAUGAAUACUAAAUAGAUCGUGUACAAUAUAAAUUUCAGUUUUUCUGUCAUUGGGUUAUAUAGUACUUGUUUGCUUACAUCUUCUACUUAAGCUUAUAAAAUAACUUGAAAGCAAGAGAAGAUUACUGCAUAUAGUUGUACUUCAAGGAUAAAUGUCCUUGCCUUCCCACUAAUUUCAAAGGAAACUUCCAUGUAAGUACAGGUGCUAGAAACAGGUGUUGUAGAGGAAGGUGUUUGUGGUUUUUGUGUGAGGUCCACGUGAUGCCAUAUGGACUUCAAGACAAUCUUUGAAGAAAACUAAUGUUUUAAGAAAUAUAUAUUUCCUAGCAUACCCUUAUAUUUUACAUAGAAAUAUAUACACAUAUUUUUCAGUUUCUUCUCAUCUUUUACAGAUAUACCUUUUUAUAUCUUAAUUUACUGAUUUUUUUUUUCCACUACCUGCCAUGAUGCUUUCUUAAGGAAUAGAAAGUAUUUUUCUUACAUUUAUAUGUUGUAUUAAUGCUGUAUAGCAUUUACUCGAGUAGCUUCUGCUAUCUCGUUUUCGGAGGUCACAUUAACCGCAAACUAAUUAUUUAAUAAUAAAAGCUUCUGUUCAAUUUGGUUUUUAGAGUAUUAAGCAGCAGGAUAAUCUCAGUGAGCAAGUAUUGCUGCCUUCUUAAGGUUUAAGUUCAUAUUCCCUGACACUUAAAUUAUGGUGUUACUUUCAGGAAGUAUUUCAUAACUAUCAGUUUUGAGAUACUCGAUCAUGUGCAAAUUAGCAUGGUUCCAGGAAAAUUUUCAGUGUCUUGACUCAACACUUGGUAAGUCAAGCAGUUUUAAGGAUAUUGGAGAAGUGAUGUAUUGCUGUUUUAUUGAUAUUUCCUGACUCUGAACCAUAACUGAAAUCUUAAAUUGCAUUGAAUUGUUGUCCAUUAAUAGAAAAAUCUGAAUGUUAACAUAUUUCUGUAAAAUGUUAAAGAGCUAUUUUCUGUACAAAAUUGUUCUUAUAGAAGACAAACAUGUUUGUAAAAGAAAUUAUUUCUUCUGUUUAAAUGUUUAUGCAACAAAUCCUGAGUGUCAGA